CACCGAAGAUUUUUCUCCUCACUCUCCUCGACCUCACAGCUCUCCGUCUCCCGAUCUCCUCUGCCAGCAGCGCAGAUUUACAGACACAAGCUAGCACACAGCAAGCUCAGAGCACCUCGCUGGUCUAAGUGAUCCUUCUCAAGGAUCAUUUGGAUGGCCUUCUUCCUCCUCCUCCUGUGCAUCCUCAUUUCUGUGGCCAUCGUGUCCUACGCCCACCACGUAAUCCGGCGGCAACGCCGGGGCCCGCAGGGCAGCGCUCGUGGCCGCCAUGAGAAAGCCGCCCUCAAGCUGCCCCCUGGCUCCAUGGGCCUGCCUUACAUCGGCGAGACCCUCCAGCUCUACUCCCAGGACCCCAGCGUCUUCCUCUCCUCCAAGCAGAAGCGGUACGGCGAGAUCUUCAAGACGCACCUCCUCGGCUGCCCGUGCGUGAUGCUGGCGAGCCCGGAGGCGGCGCGCUUCGUGCUGGUGUCGCGGGCGCACCUCUUCAAGCCGACGUACCCGCGGAGCAAGGAGCGCCUCAUCGGCCCCUCGGCGCUCUUCUUCCACCAGGGCGACUACCACCUCCGCCUCCGCAGGCUCGUCCAGGGCCCGCUCGGCCCCGAGGCCCUGCGCAAGCUCGUGCCGGACAUCGAGGACGCCGUGCGGUCCACGCUCGCGGCCUGGGCGGACGGCGACGCCGCCAGCACUUUCCACGCCAUGAAGAGGCUCUCGUUCGACGUCGGCAUCGUGACGAUCUUCGGCGGGCGGCUGGACGAGCGGCGGAAGGAGGAGCUGAGGCGGAACUACGCCGUCGUGGAGAAAGGCUACAACUCCUUCCCCAACGGCUUCCCCGGGACGCUAUACUACAAGGCGAUCCAGGCGAGGCGGCGGCUGAACGGCGUGCUGAGCGACAUCCUGCACGAGCGGAGGGAGCGUGGGGAGCCCGGCGACGACCUGCUCGGCUGCCUCAUGCGGUCACGGGCAGGCGGCGGCGACGACGACGACGAGGAGGAGGGCGCGCUGCUGACGGACGAGCAGGUCGCCGACAACGUCAUCGGCGUGCUGUUCGCGGCGCAGGACACGACGGCCAGCGUGCUCACCUGGAUCGUCAAGUACCUCCACGACCGGCCGAAGCUGCUGGAGGCCGUCCGGGCGGAGCACGCGGCGAUCCACGAGGCCAACGACGGCGGGAGGCGGCCGCUGACAUGGGCGCAGACGAGGAGCAUGACGCUGACGCACAGGGUGAUUUUGGAGAGCCUGAGGAUGGCGAGCAUCAUCUCCUUCACGUUCAGGGAGGCCGUGGCCGACGUGGAGUACAAAGGGUUUCUUAUCCCCAAGGGGUGGAAGGUGAUGCCGCUCUUCAGGAACAUCCAUCACAGCCCGGACUACUUCCAGGAUCCACAGAAGUUCGACCCUUCGAGAUUCAAGGUGGCGCCGCGGCCGAGCACCUUCACGCCGUUCGGGAGCGGGGUGCACGCGUGCCCCGGGAACGAGCUGGCCAAGCUCGAGAUGCUGGUGCUCAUCCACCACCUCGUCACCGGCUACAGGUGGGAGGUUGUUGGAUCGAGCGACGACGUCGAGUACAGCCCAUUCCCUGUUCCCCGCCAUGGCCUGCUCGCCAGGUUACGGCGGGAUGACAGCGUCUGCGUGGGUAGGAAGGGGUGCCCGACUGAUGACGACUACGACGACGAAGACGAAGUGAUAGUGUGAUUAGUCAAGGUAGAUAGCUAGAGGGCUCUUUUCUCCCUUUUUGUUGUUGUUGCUGUUGUUGUGGCAUUCUUCUCUAUGAAAAUCAUUAGAGAAGAAACAACAGCAUGUUACUACUUUUUAGGAGGACGAUGAUCAUGUACCAUAGUGCUUAUGUUGUCAAUGAUGUAUUGUCAUUGAUACGCACAUAAAAUGACGCUUCCUUUUUUCCGAAA